AUGUCGGAUUUCGAGAACGGUCUCAUCGCGAUACGUGCGACCGUUCAAUUUAUGUCUCGGAUAGCAGUGAAUUAUAAGAAGGCCGGCAAGGAGAAAUUUACGAUUACGAAGACUAAGCUUCGCAUGGAGCAAUUACGGGAGCACUGGCAAACUUGCUGUAAGCAGCACGUCGAGCUCCUGCAGGUCGCUGACAAAGACGAUCUCCAACAUGAUUACUUCACUGACGACGAAAUUAGCAAAGCUGAAGCGGUGUUCGAGGACUCGCAAGAUUUCUUAGCAGGCCUACUCGACAAACAGGAGCUACGUACUCCAUCUGACGCUGAUCAGAGUUCUAUCAGCGUCCAUCACCCGUCUGGUCACGGGUCAUCAGCCUUCGCGCUACCAAGGAUCACCAUUCCAGUUUUCAAGGGCGAAAUGACCAAGUGGGAGAGCUUCCGAGACACCUUCCAGGCUUUAGUCGGCGCCCACGAAACUCUCUCGGACGCGCAGAAGCUACACUAUUUGAAGUCGUUCAUGGACGGGGAUGCUGCGCUUCUGUUGAAGCACAUCACGACUUCUGACUUGAACUACGCUGGAGCUUGGCAGAUUUUGUUGGAUGAGUAUAACAACGCACGGUCUCUAGUCCAUGCGCAUAUUCACGCGUUCGCGAGUCUCACUGUAAUGAAGACCGAAAACGCUGCCGAAUUAAAGCUGUUGCGCGAUACUGUAACCGCGUCGUUAUCGGCAUUAUCAAAUUUAGGCCGAGAUACCGAUCAAUGGGACGACUUGCUUGUGUACAUCGUCACUCAAAAGUUCAGCUCGCGUACUCGUACCGAAUGGAACUUGCGUUUAGGCGCGUCAACCGAUUACCCUACAUUUAAAACACUUCGCGAAUUUAUUACGGAACGUCUUCGCGGCUUAUCUGAUCUUGUGCCUCUUGUAACUAAUUGCGCUACCGCCGGCUUGUCCGCGCGUUCCGAUAAAUCGAAUAAAAUCAAGGCAACGGUUCAUAACACUACGGACCGUAAGUGUCCUUGCUGUCAGGGGAAUCAUUUCCUGUCAUUUUGUCAGACUUUCCGAAAACGGUCGCUAGACCAACGCGGGCAGCUCGCUAGACAAGCUCGCGUCUGCUUCAAUUGUUUAAGACCCGGGCAUUUUCCGCUAAAUUGUCCAAGUGAGAAGCGCUGUAACUCUUGUCAACGCGCUCACCAUUCAUUACUUCAUCGCGACAACAUCGGCGUAGCAAUCGCCGACGCUACGGAUCGAGAAGGUACGAAAUCGCGACACGAAUCCGCGGCAAAUAAAGCGUGCGAAGCACAAGGCGCAUUUAAUGACGCCUCCACCAACGUAGCGACUAAUUAUACCGUAUCUCUAGGUGCGCGAUCUCAAGCUCCGAUUCCCGUCCUUCUCGCUACCGCUCGGGUCCGACUUCACACGGUUGAAGGACGAACUGUACAGGCCCGCGCUCUCUUCGAUCAAGGCUCGACAUAUAGCUUUAUUUCGGAAGCUCUCGCACAGAGAUUACGUCCGACGCGACGUCGCGCGAAUUUACACAUUACCGGUUUCGGGGAAGAAUACUCUGGCAUCGCGCGAGCACAAACGAGUCUUCUACUCGAAUCGUGUCUCCGUCCUGGAUCACGACUGCCGAUUUCAGUAUACAUUUAUCAAAAGAUCACGGCUUACGCAGCUACUCAAGCGUUUUCCGUCGACGAUUGGCCUCACCUGAAAGGCUUAGAACUCGCGGAUCCCGAUCCGUCAAAUAAAGAAAAUAUUGAAGUAUUAAUCGGAGCCGACCUCUAUGGUUCAUUGCUACUCGGGCCAAUCCAAAGGGGGCCUCCCGGUUCCCCUACGGCGCGCGCAGUUAACGUCGUUAGGUUGGAUAGUUUCAGGCCCGGCAAAGUCAUUGGAUUUAGUAUCGCUUCAGGAAGCGACGGUUAUGUCUUGUGUGGCCGCUCCAUCUCUAGACGAGCUCAUUCAAAAAUUUGGGAAACGGAGGAGAUUCCCUCUAAAAUCAUUUACUCUCCCGAAGAGGAGCUAUGCGAAACGCAUUUUAGUCAAACCCAUUCGCGGAAUGCGGACGGCCGUUAUAUUAUUCGAUUGCCAUUCCGAAAUAAUCAGCCUCCCGUUCUGGGCGAUAGUUAUAAUCUCGCUCAACGGUUGUAUUCCAAACGGAACGACGAUUACUUCGCAAUAGCGACCUUGCUGCGGAAUACAAUAAAUUUCUCGCUGAAUACGAAGUUUUAG